AUGGUUGUAGAUGAAGUGGAGGUAGAAGGAGUUAUGGCAGAAGGUGUGGCAGUAGAUGAAGUACCUGUAGAUGUAAUGGCAUUAGUUAGUGGUGGUAGAUGGAGUGGUAGUAGAAGGAGUGGUGGUAGAGGGAGUGAUGAUGGAGUGGUGGUCGAUAGAGUGGUGACAGAUGAUGUGGUAGAAGAUUGCGUGUCAGUAAACGAAGUGGCAGAAGAUGGAGUGGUGGUUGUUGGAGUGACGGUAGAUGGAGUGGCAGUAAAUGCAGUCGCGGUAUAUAGAGUGUGGGGGUUGGUUGAUGGAGUGAUGGUAGAUGAAGUGGUGGUGGUAGAGAGAUUGUUGAUAGAAAGAUAUGUGGUAAAGGGAGUGGUGGUAGAGGGAGUGGUUGCAGACAGAGUAGUUGUUGAGGGAAUGAUGGUAGAUGGAGUGGUAGUAGAGAGAUUGGUGGUAGAUGAAGUGUUGGAGGUGGUAGAUGGAGUGGGUGGAAGUGUGGCUUGUGGUAGAGGGAGUGUUGGUAGAUAUAGUAGUUGUAAGUGGAGUGGUGGUAGAGGGAGUAGUGGUAAAGGGAGUGGUGGUAAAAGGAGUGGUGGUAGAGGGACUGUUAAUAGACGUUUUGGUGGAAGAGGGAGUGGUAAUGUGGGUUGUGGUAGAGGGAGUGGAGGUAGUGGGAGUUGUGAAAGUGUAGGUGGUGGAAGAGGGAGUGGUGGUAAAUGGAGUGGUGGUAGAGCCUCUAUGAUCAGUAUAGAUGACAAAAUGACGUUGGAAUAG